AAAUAAAAAAGUAUAUCCAUCAAGAGGUCCUAAGGAUUUUUGAAGAGAGGAUGGCUGUGAUCCUGUCCCAGCUCAAGCUGCCAGCAGCCAUGUUGGCUGCACAGGCCCAUGGGAGGCCGGGGCCUCCAGGGAAGGAUGGACUGCCCGGGCCCCCAGGAGACCCCGGGCCCCAAGGCUACCGAGGACAGAAGGGCGAACGAGGUGAACCUGGCAUUGGGCUGCCAGGGAGCCCCGGUCUUCCGGGGUCCUCAGCUCUGAGUCAGCCAGGUUCACCAGGUGUCCCAGGCCCCCAGGGCCCACCAGGCCCCAGUGGGCGAUGUAACCCAGAAGACUGCCUCUACCCUGCUCUGCUGACCCAGCAGGGACAGGCGGGACAUGGUCACACCUAAGCAAGACUCCGUUCCUGCAGGACAACCUGGCCUUCUGAGCGGUGGCAAAGCCGUGAAACUCUCAUCAUUUGCAAGCUGCUUUUCUUUUCUUCUUCUUUUUUUAACGUGUGUAACCCAACCUCAAAAGCCACAAUUUGAGUCUUACUCCUAUAGCAAUUUCAAAUCAAUAUUAUUAGAUUUCCCCAAAUUCAUUCCAUAUGUUUUGCUUUAUUAUUUCUAU